AUGCACCCCGCGGCCUUCCUGCUUUGCACGCUUAUGGCCACUUUGCUAUGGGGAGCGGUCCCCAUCCAGGGGCUCGUUCGAGCGAUUUCUGACCACAAUAGCAGCAUGGACUUUGCAGACCUUCCAGCUCUCUUUGGAUCUGCCUUGAGGCACGAGGGACUUCAGGGGUUCCUUGUGGAGGCUCAGCCGGCCAACGCCUGCAGCCCCGUUGCCUCGCCACCCCCAGCUGCGGUCAACGGGUCAGUCUUUAUUGCACUUCUUCGGAGAUUCGACUGCAACUUUGACCUCAAGGUCCUAAACGUUCAGAAGGCUGGGUAUGGUGCAGCUGUGGUACACAAUGUAAAUUCCAACGAACUUCUGAAUAUGGUGUGGAACAGUGAGGAAAUCCAGCAGCAGAUCUGGAUCCCGUCUGUGUUUAUUGGGGAAAGGAGUUCCAAGUACCUGCGUGCUCUCUUCGUCUACGAGAAGGGAGCUCAAGUGCUCCUGGUCCCAGACAAUAACUUCCUCUUGGGCUUUUGCCUCAUCCCUUUCACAGGGUUAAUGGGACUGCUGAUUUUGGCCAUGGGAGCAGGGCUGAUAGUUCGUUUUAUCCAGCACCAGAAACAGCUCCAGCAGAAUCGGCUGACCAAAGAGCAACUGAAGCAGGUUCCUAUACAUGACUAUCAGAAAGGAGACCACUACGACGUCUGUGCCAUCUGCCUGGACGAAUAUGAGGAUGGAGACAAGCUGAGGGUACUUCCCUGUGCUCAUGCUUAUCACAGCCGCUGUGUGGACCCCUGGCUCACUCAGACCCGGAAGACCUGCCCCAUCUGCAAGCAGCCUGUUCAUAGGGGUCCUGGAGAAGGGGAGCAGGAGGAAGCAACUCAGGGGCAAGAGGGUGAUGAAGAAGGGGAGCCAAGGGACCACCCUGCCACAGAACGGACCCCCCUUCUGGGCUCCAGCCUCACUCUUCCCACAUCCUUUGGCUCCCUAGCCCCAGCCCCCCUUGUUUUUCCUGGGUCUUCAAUAGCUCCAUCACCAUCUCCAUCCUCUUCGUCCUCUUCUGCUGUGGUCCUGAUCUGA